CGCGGCCCCGAGGCCCGCCCCUGCCGCCUUCGGCCCGCAGCGCCGUCGCCGCUCUUCUCCAGGCGGGUCCGCCGCAACCCGGGGGCUCCAGAGUCCCGGCCGGCUGCCCUUCCCGGCGCUCCAAGCCACGCCAUGCUCGUCCUCCGAAGCCGCCUGGCUGCGGCUCUGGCUGCGCGGACGCUCGCGCCUCAGUUGUGCUCAUCUUUUGCUACGGGCCCCAGACAAUAUGAUGGAACAUUCUAUGAAUUUCGUACUUAUUGCCUUAAGCCCUCAAAGAUGAAUGAGUUUCUGGAAAACGUUAAGAAGAACAUCCAUCUUCGGACAGCUCAAUCUGAACUGGUUGGAUUCUGGAGUGUAGAAUUUGGAGGCCAAAUGAAUAAAGUAUUUCAUAUUUGGAAGUAUGAUAAUUUUGCUCAUCGGACUGAAGUUCGGAAAGCAGUGGCCAAAAAUAAGGAAUGGCAACAACAAUGUGUCAUUCCAAAUCUGGCUCUCAUAGAUGAACAAGAGACUGAGAUUACUUACUUGGUGCCAUGGUGCAAGUUAGAAAAGCCUACAAAAGAAGGAGUCUAUGAACUGGUUAUUUUUCAGUUGAAGCCAGGUGGGCCAGCUCUGUGGGGUGAUGCAUUUAAAAGGGCAAUUAAUGCCCACGUGGAUCUAGGCUACUCAAAACUGGUUGGAGUGUUCCACACAGAAUAUGGAGCACUCAACAGAGUUCAUGUUCUUUGGUGGAAUGAGAGUGCAGAUAGUCGUGCAGCUGGGAGACAUCAGUCUCAUGAGGAUCCCAGGGUUGUGGCAGCCGUUCGAGAGAGUGUCAAUUACCUCGUGUCUCAGCAGAAUAUGCUUCUGAUUCCUACAUCAUUUUCACCUUUGAAAUAGUUUUCCACUGAAAUAUGAAGCAUUACAUUAACUGCUUUAAGAUGUGCCUGGUACUGGUGCUUAAAUUCUCCUAAGAGAUUCUCACUUGUAUUUGAAGAAGGUGGUAAGUUAAUUUGCUGUGUCUCUGCACUUCUAAAGCCACCUCUAUUCUUCCUUCCUCUGCUCCUUUCCACCUCAGGAGAUAGUUCUAUUCAUUUUCCCCUUGGCAUUGCAGUGUCUGUUACACAUCAGCAAUAGUUGCUUCUGCUUGAUGAUCUUAAUUUUUCAUUUUUUCAGAAUAUUUCUUGUACUGUUUGACAACCCUCUGCUUUUUAUAGCAUUUUCUUAUAGUCAAAUGAUCAUUUUAGAUUUUGUACCUGAUGUUUUAAAAAUCAUUUGUAUAUAAUGUCUAUCCUGAGAUGUAAAUUUUUUUUUUUUUUUUUUUUUUUUUUUUUGCCCAGUAAAGUUAAUUUUGUGAUCACAUGGGAUUCCUAAGAAUCUAAGUUCAAAUAUAUUUCUUUGGCAAAGUACAGUGUCACCUGUGUCUGUAUUAAUUAUGGUUUUCACAUUACUUAUGAGUCACGCUAACUUGGAAAAUAAUGUAAUUAGGUCUCAGUGUUAAAAACUUCAGAAGACUUGUUUUAUGUGCUGAAAUGCGUUCAUAUAUAGUUAAUUUUUGUUCAUUUUGGAUCACUAACAAAAAUACUUGAAAUAGCUAUUUGUUUUAAAGAGAUCUUUAUGGUUACCAGGAUGGUUGCCUGAAUAAAAGCCUACAUACCUGUUC